AUGUUAAAAUUUGUUCAAAAAACAAAAUAUGCUCGUUGGAUAAUAUUUGGAAUGAUUGGAUUCUCUGUAUUAGCGAUAAGCCUCUUAAUUGUUUUUUUAGUUAACAUUAUUACCCCCUUUGGAAGAUUGACAAAAUCUUCUCCAGCAAAUACUUUUAUAGAAUUAAUCUUCUGUAUUUUUGUCUCAAUUAACUUGAUAUUGCGAUUAAAUGAUAUAAUGAAGAAUAAACCAUAAGAAUUCUAUAAAAUUGGACUAGACAUUAUUAUUGCUGCCAUAGCAAUACUUUAAAUUAUAGAUUUUAUUUGUUGGUUCAUUAAUCCUGUUUGUGAUGUAUUAGCUGCCUGUAUUUGCUUAUUUACAUUUAUAAUUGCAGGUUUUUAAUCUACUUUAUGGAUUCUAUAGAGAAUUUAGAAUAGUAAGAAAGUAUAAGAAGUUGACACUUAUUUGACACAAUAAAUUUAGUUAACAGAAAGUUAGAGCUUUGUCAAUAUAACAUAAACUUCAAAAUGUGUGAUAGCUCUAAAAUACAUUCUAUAUUCUUUUGUAUUAGUAUUAGUAAUCUUAAAUACAUGUUAAAUAAUUCAUGAAGCUAAUCAUCCAGGUAGUUUAGGAGAAGGUGAAUAAUAUUAUAUUGUUGAAAGUUAAGGUUAAGAUGUCAAAAUCAGAACUUAUUGUACUGGAGCUAAGAAUUUACCAUAGAUUAUUUUAGAGGCUGGAGGAGGUUCUAGUGGAGUAGAUUUUUAUGAAAUAUAAACUCAACUUUCCAAAAAUUACAGAGUUUGUAGUUAUGAUAGGGCUGGAUAUGGAAUGAGUUGGUAAGCAGCAUCUCCUUAAAGUUCUAAUAAUACUAUGAGUAUUGCUUAAUAAGUAAUGGAUAAAGUUGGAUUUAAUACUUCAGUAUCAAAUUCAAUAGUUUGUGUAGGUCAUUCUGUUGGAGGAUAAUUAUGUCGUUAUUAUGCAUAAUAUAUGACAAGCAUUAAAGGGAUUAUCUUAUUAGAUUCAGUACCAGUAAUGAAUUGGUUUUAUUUGGUUGGAUAAUGUUAGAAUUAAACUGUAAGUUAAGUGUAUACUUAAUAAAAAUCAACAUUGCCUCUGAUUAAGUUUAUGGCUUCAUUAUGGCCAUUAUAUAUAGAGACACCAUUCUUCAUGGGAAAGGAAGGAUUUGAACCAUCAAAUCUAUAGAGCUGGAUAAAUUGGUAAAUCACUACUACAAGAAAUUGGUAUUCAUAAUCACUUGGAUAUGCAUCUGAACUAGAAGAAUGUUAAGAAGAAUGUAUGGAGUCAUCUAUUAUAAAUCCAUAGUCAAUGAUUAUUAAGCCAAUUAUUGUUAUAACUGCUUAAAAUUAAUCUAUAACAUGUGCUGAUAGAAAUUUAACAGGUUCUGAUUGUUAAUAAUAUGAAUGUUCUUUUAAUCAGACAUUUUAAUUAGUAGUUAAUUAAUCUCUCUUAGGUAAUCAAAUAAGUACAUAUGUUGAAUGUCCAGGUAUUUGUAAUCAUGAUUUUGUGUGGAAAUAACCAGAUUUUAUAGUUUAACAAAUUGAAUAUUAUAUCCCACUAUUUUGA